AUGUCGCCACCAGCGCCGGAUUUUAUUCCGACUCUGGACCCGAAAGAAGAGCCGGAUUCGUUAGAGUUCCACAGCGUCACAGCUACUGAAACUCAACUAGACUUGAAAUUUCAACGACCGCUAGAAGAAUUGAGACGGAAGGGAUCGACAAGAGGGUUAGAUCCAGUUUUAGAAACGCCAGAGAAAAAAAUGGCUCGUCGUGGGGAAGACGAACAGACAAAGGUUGGGGGAGAAACCCUUGGCGGCUUCAUUGGUUUCGCCAACUUGCCAAAUCAAGUGCACCGAAAAUCGGUGAAGAAGGGAUUCGAGUUUACUUUGAUGGUCGUUGGAGAAUCGGGUCUUGGAAAAUCGACGCUAAUCAAUUCUCUCUUCCUCACAGAUCUCUACCCCGAUCGAGAGCUUCCUGAUGCCGAAGCUAAGAUCAAACAAACAGUCUCAAUGGAAGCCUCGACAGUUGAAAUCGAAGAGCGCGGCGUGCGACUCCGACUCACCGUCGUCGAUACUCCCGGCUUUGGCGACGCGAUCAACUCUUCAAAAUGCUACGAUCCAAUUCUCGAAUACAUCGAUGCGCAGUUCGAGCGAUAUCUGCACGACGAAAGCGGACUCAACAGAAGAAACAUUUCCGAUAAUCGAGUCCACUGCUGCUUCUACUUUAUCUCGCCUUAUGGACACGGCCUCAAGCCACUGGACAUUGAAUUCAUGAAAUCUCUUCACAACCGAGUAAACAUCGUGCCAGUCAUCGCCAAGUCGGAUACAUUGACGAAACAGGAAGUCAACAGGCUCAAGAAACGCGUUCUCGACGAGAUCGCCAAGCACAAUAUCAAAAUCUACCAACUUCCAGACGUAGAAGACGACGAAGAAGAAGACUACAAGGAACAGACUCGAGUGCUAAAGCAAUCGAUUCCCUUCGCCGUCGUCGGCUCAACGACAACUAUCGAAGUGAAGGGACGAAAAGUGCGCGGACGGAUGUACCCUUGGGGCGUCGUCGAACUCGAAAACGACGAGCACUGCGAUUAUCUCAAGCUCCGAACUAUGCUCAUCUCGCACAUGCAAGAUCUCCAAGAAGUGACACACGAUCUGCAUUAUGAAAAUUACCGAGCUACUCGACUCGACCCCGAGAAUGUUGUCGAACCAGUCAAACCAGGAAAACAAGCAUCUGGCAACACUGACGCAAAACUCCGGGAAAAAGAAGCCGAGCUGGCGCGAAUGCAAGCCAUGCUCGCCCAGAUGCAGAAACAGUUGCAGAUGCAAAACGACGGUCAACAAACUCACCAGCUAUAA